AUGCACUUCCUAGGACUCAUCGUUGCUUUCGCCCCUGCGGCUCUUGCCCAGUCUGCUAUCUGGGGACAGUGUGGUGGUAGCGGCUGGUCUGGCUCUACAACUUGCCAGUCUGGCUUGAAGUGUGAGAAGAUCAACGACUUUUACUACCAGUGUAUUCCUGGAAGUGACAACGGUGGCGGUACUACCCCCGACCCUGGCACGCCUGCUCCCGGUAAUGGCAACGCCGAUGCCACUGGUCUUGAUGCCAAGAUCAGGGCCAAGGGCAAGAUCUACUUCGGUGCUGAGAUCGACCACUACCACCUCAACAACAACCCUCUUAUCAACAUCGUCAAGAAGGACUUUGGCCAGGUCACCAACGAAAACAGUAUGAAGUGGGAUGCUAUUGAGCCUUCUCGCGGCCAGUUCACCUUCGGCAACGCCGACAAGGUCGUCAACUUUGCUCAGGCCAAUGGCAAGAAGAUCCGUGGCCACACUCUCGUGUGGUACUCUCAGCUUCCCCAGUGGGUCAAGAACAUCCGUGACCGCGCCACCAUGACCUCUGUCAUCGAGAACCACAUCAAGACCACGGUCACCCGCUACAAGGGCAAGAUCCUCCAAUGGGACGUUGUCAACGAGAUCUUCGCUGAGGACGGUAGCAUGCGAAACAGCGAGAUCUACCAGGUCCUCGGCGAGGACUUUGUCGGUAUUGCUUUCCGCGCUGCCCGCGCCGCCGACCCAGCUGCCAAGCUCUACAUCAACGACUACAACCUCGACAUCGCCAACUACGCCAAGGUUACCCGCGGAAUGGUCGAUCACGUCAACAAGUGGGUGGCUCAGGGUAUUCCCAUCGACGGUAUCGGUUCCCAGGCUCAUCUUGCCAAGCCCGGUGGCUGGAACCCUGCCUCUGGUUUCCCUGCUGCUCUCAAGGUCCUCGCCGGUGCCAACGUUAAGGAGGUUGCCAUUACCGAGCUCGACAUUGAUGGAGCUGCUGCCAACGACUACGUCACUGUUGUCAAGUCUUGUCUCACAACCCCCAAGUGUGUUGGUAUCACCGUCUGGGGUGUUUCUGACAAGGACUCGUGGCGAUCAGAGUCUAACCCUCUUCUCUUCGACCGCAACUACCAGCCCAAGGCUGCUUACACUGCUGUAAGCAACGCCCUUAACUAA